AUGGAAAACAACCUAGUCAUGUCUAUGCACCACCCGAAAACAACCUAUAAUACCAUCCAACAUCCAAAAAAAGAUCAACCCGAAUACAAACCACCAAAAAAGGAAAAACAUGAAUACAAAUCACGGAAGUAUGAGAAACCCAAAGAAAAGUCACCUUAUCCACCUUCAUCUUAUUCGCCAUCACCUUAUUCAUCACCGCCUUAUUUAUACACACCUUAUUCAUCAGCAUCUUAUUCACCCCCAAAGAAGGAAAAACACGAAUACAAAUCACCAAAGUAUGAGAAACCCAAAGAGAAGUCACCUUAUCCACCAUCUUAUUCACCACCAUCUUAUUCACCACCACCUUAUUCAUCACCAUCUUAUUUACCACCAAAGAAGGAAAAACAUGAAUACAAAUCGCCAAAGUAUGAGAAACCCAAAGAUAAGUCACCUUAUCCACCACCAUCUUAUUCACCACCACCUUAUUCAUCACCGUCUUAUUCACACACACCUUAUUCAUCACUGUCGACACCGUUUUUCGUCCGGGCAGGGAAAGACUGA